AUGGAUAAAUGUGUUAUUACUGGCCAUCACUUUAGUGUAGAAAAUAUGAAUCAUAAUAAUAAUAACUAUGAUUUUGAUAAUAAAAAUAAUAGUAUUGGUGGUGGUGGUGGUGGUGGUGGUAGUAGUAGUAGUAGAAGUAGUAGUAGUAGAAGUAGUAGUAAUAGAAGUAGUAGUGGAAGUAGUGGUGGCAGUGGUAGUAACAGUAGCAGUAGUAUAAAUAAUAUUAUUAAUAGUGAUAAUGACUUUAAAACAGAAAGAAAACAAACAAAAUCUCCGCCUUUAACUCUUCCAAAUAUUAAAACCACCACCACAACAACCACCACAACAACAACUACCACAACCACAACAACAAAAAAUGAAAAUAUAAGUUCAUCUGAAUCUGAAAACUCCUCUAGCAGAGUUGGAUCCCCAAAUUGUAAUAAAAAGGUUAAGAAAACCAAAACUAUUACUAUCAGUCCAACUGGUUAUAAUAUCAAUAGUAAAGAUGACAUUAAUAAAUUUACUACCUAUGGCUACACUAACGAAAAGAGCAAUGCCAGAAGAGACCCAAAAUGGAUAAAUGAUAUUAUUGAAAGAUAUAAUCGUUUAAAAUCUGAAAGCCUUAAUAAUAAUUAUAAUGGCAGUAGUAGUAAUAAUAAUAAUAUUAAUAAUAUUAAUAACAAUAGUAAUAAUACUACGUCACCUUGUCAAUCACCAUCAUCAAAUACAGCAACUAUAACUUCAAUAUCAUCACCUACUUCAUCAUCCUCAUCUUUAUCAUCCCCAUCAUUUAGUAUAAAUAACAUUGUUAAUCAAGAUGUUGAUGAAAAUGAUGGUUGUGAUAGAAUGAAUUAUACUUUACUUUCGCAAAAUAAUAAUAAUAAUAAUAAUAAUAAUAAUAAUAAUAAUAAUAAUAAUAAUAACAAUAAUAAUAAUAAUAAUAAUAAUAAUAAUAAUAAUAAUAAUAAUAAUAAUAAUAAUAAUAAUAAUAAUAAUAAUAAUAAUAAUAAUAAUAAUAAUAAUAAUAAUAAUAAUAAUAAUACGAAUACAAAUAAUAAUGGUGAUGAAUGUAUUGUUAAACCAAUUUCAUUAAUUCAAAAUAAAAAAAGCGGUCAAAGAAGUCUUAAAACCAAAGAACAUAAAGAGAUACUUGAAGCAUUAUAUAGAGUAACCUUGUAUCCAACAUCAGAGGAAACCAAAACCAUUAGCCAAAUUUUGGGUAUGACAUUUGGUCAAGUUAAAAGCUCCUUCCGUCAUCGUAGAGAGAAAUUAUCAAAGUCUGGUUUGUUCUCUUACGCAAAAAAUCUUAAAAAUUGUGGAAAAAGCACAGCACCUUUGGAUAAUUUCUUUGAAAAUUGUAAAUACUUAACUACUAAAGAAACUGAAGAGUUUGCUGCUGCAUAUGAUGUAUCUUUUGAACAAAUCAAAAAUUAUUUUAAAGGAAAAAGAGCAAAAUUAAAUAAGUUAUCUUCAAAGGCGAUUCAAGAUAAAGAUAAUCAAGAUAAUGAUAAUAAUAAUAGUAAUAAUAAUGAAAAUAAUGAUGAUAGCUAUAGUGAUGAAGGUUUAUUUUAA